AUAGUCAUGUAAACUAAAUCACGAUGAGGAUGUUCUCAAACAGAAAUAGCAGUGGACCUGACUUUUCCUUUAGCUUUCUACAACGGCAGCUGUUGCUUCAGUCUGAAGUUAAGUGACAGAUUGUGUAUAUCACAAACAUUCAUUUUUACUACAGAACGCUGCACAACGCGCCUAUCCUCUGCCGAAAGAUCCCGAAUCUUGCCUCGCAGAUUCCAAAGGGAGCCGAGGGAGAACCGAUGCUCAGCGCAUAGACGAGAGCCGCUGUUUCCAUUUCACCAUCGCUUUAACAGCCCUAUCAUGUUGGUCAUUUUCCUAGUUUCCAUUAUUUAAACAAUGACUGAGGCUGGAUUCAGAACGACUUGACAUGUCCGUGAAAGAUAUGGUACCUGGGGAUUUAUCACCGCAAACAAGGAUUUUUUUCAAUCUCAUUAAAGACCAAACAAGGCGGGUACAUGUUUAAAUAUAUAGAGCGCCUAGCCUACAGGCACAGUGUAGGCUACAUAUUUUCACAUAAGAUCUGUGAACGGAGAGUCCGCAUAUACAUUCAGUUGGAUAUGCAAAAGGAUGUAUUAUCACUGAAAAGAUAAAGAGAGCUCUUUGCGCUGGAGACUAGAAUGGUCGAAAAAAGGCGUCUCUGGUUUUGAUGGAGAAUCCAACAAGCAGAGCAAGAUCCGUAGACCCUCAAUAAAAGUGUCUUGUGCUGGAGCCUAAUAAGACCACCGUUAUUUUCAGAAUUUAGAUGUAUUUACCAGUGACAGGAUCCAGUUGAUGACAUUCACCGAGAUAUAAGUAUUUGAAAACAGCCAACAUUGUCAGCAAUUCGAAUUUACUCAUUUGUUCUAUUCUGCCAGUUUGAUGGGAAUUUAUUGCUGAACAUUGGGAGAGCUUUAUGGAAAACCUGAAGACAUGACAUGCACACGAAAAAAGAGGAAACGAUCCUUUUUGUUCUUUAAAACCUGUGUUCAUUUAAGAAGUCUGCAAAAAGAGACAUUAUUUUUGCAUUAAGAUCUGGCCGAUUCUAUGGAGGUGACAAUACCCUAUAUUAAUUAUUUAAUCUAUUCUUUAUGUUUUCAGUCAUUUAUCAUUGUGGAUUAUAUUUGGAAUUGACGCUCGUUUUGUUGAACCCUCUAUGCCAUUUACUGUUGCUUUACUUGAUUUUGAAUCCUUAUAUAUAUAUAAUGUGGACCGCAACAAGCUCCCCAAACGGCCUAGAAUAAAACCGUAAGCCUUUGUCUCGAGGACAAGUAUAAUACAUGAGGGAGGUUGCUUUGCUGUCUCUGGUAUUGGGGUCCUUGAAUGUGCACAAGGCAUCAUGAUAUCAGCAGAUUAUCAGGAGGACUGGGGUCACCAAGGAACACUGGGACACGAGGAACUGCGGUAGCACUUCGUAUUAACUAAGGAGCUGACGCUGUAAGAACAAGAGGCACCGAGGGGUAGCGCUACAGGAAACGAGGGGCUCAGUGCAACAUGGGGCAAUGCAGAGUGAAGCACUCUGGUUCCAUGUGAGCUCCAGAGAAGAGGCAACCACGAGGACGAACGAAAGGGCAGCUGGAGGAGGAGGAGGUGGCGGUGGAGGAGGAGAGGGAGAAGGAAGAGGGGUGGAUUUCAGGAGAAAAGAGGGCUUGACACGGGAGCCAAAGGGAUGGCCAAUGGCAACGAGAGCAGCGAGGGGCUUGGCGGUCCCAUGGCUGCAGUGGUGGCCACGACGGGAGGAAUGGCAGUCGGGGGCCCAUCGUCGGUCGUGUCCACAUACAUCAAACUGGUCCUACUGGGUCUGAUCAUCUGCAUCAGCCUGGUGGGCAACCUGGUGGUGUCUCUGCUGGUCCUCAGGGACCGGGCCCUGCACAAGGCCCCCUACUACUUCCUGUUGGACCUGUGCCUGGCCGACACCAUCCGCUCGGCUGUCUGCUUCCCCUUCGUGCUGGUGUCCAUUAAGAACGGCUCGGCCUGGACCUACAGCGUGCUCAGCUGCAAGGUGGUGGCCUUCAUGGCCGUGCUCUUCUGCUUCCAUGCCGCCUUCAUGCUCUUUUGCAUCAGCGUGACACGUUACAUGGCCAUCGCCCACCACCGCUUCUACUCCAAGCGCAUGACCUUCUGGACGUGCGUGGCAGUGGUGUGCAUGGUGUGGACGCUGUCAGUGGCCAUGGCCUUCCCACCCGUCUUUGAUGUGGGCACCUACAAGUUCAUCCGCGAGGAGGACCAGUGCAUCUUCGAGCACCGCUACUUUAAGGCAAACGACACACUGGGCUUUAUGCUGAUGCUGGCCGUGCUGAUCUUGGCCACGCACGUGGUCUACAUGAAGCUGCUGCUCUUCGAGUACAAGCACCGCAAGAUGAAGCCUGUCCAGAUGGUGCCAGCCAUCAGCCAAAACUGGACCUUCCACGGGCCCGGCGCUACCGGCCAGGCAGCAGCCAACUGGAUUGCAGGCUUUGGCCGGGGCCCCAUGCCACCCACCCUGCUGGGCAUCCGGCAGAACUUGCACAACCAGAACCGGCGCCUGCUGGGCAUGGAGGAGUUCAAGGCAGAGAAGCAGCUUGGCAGGAUGUUCUACGUGAUCACCCUGUUGUUCCUGGUGCUGUGGUCGCCCUACAUAGUGGCCUGCUACUGGCGGGUGUUUGUCAAGGCCUGCACCAUACCGCACCGAUACCUCUCCACCACCGUAUGGAUGAGCUUUGCCCAGGCAGGGGUCAACCCCAUCAUCUGCUUCUUCCUCAACAAGGACCUGAAGAAGGGGCUCCUGGCCCACCUGCCAGCCUGCUGUAGGACUAAACCUCAUCUGCCCCGAGAGCCUUACUUUGUCAUGUGAGGGGGACGGUGGGCGGUUGUUACCUGGGGAGGGUGUGGAGGGGCGGUGGCAGGGAUGUCUGUGAGUGGUUAGGAUGGCAUGAGGGACCAUUUUAGUUGUUGUGGCCUUUGAUUAAAAAAAAUGUCUUUCCUUUUUUAUAAAUGGCCUUGGUCAGGAAACAAAUUUAAGAGAGGGAUUCCUUCUACACACAGACAGAAUACGAGACUAAACCAACAACUCAAACAGUCUAACUCAGAUGCAUGUUUGUAUUCUUCAUUUUAAUGUGGAACCUAUGAAACUGGUAGGCAGUCUUUAAACAGGCGAGGCCAAGAGAAUGAUCAUUCUGGGCCUGCUAUUGUGAAAGAGAUUGAAGUGAGGGUGACAGUUUUUCUGUAGGUUGUGGGGACAACCUGGUCAUAUUUCUCAGUCACUCCCUCGUCUGUUCUCUCAGACCAAAAAUGUCAGAUGGUCCUCUGACAAUUUGCUAGUGAAUGACUAAUAGGAGAGUGUUCUAGCACUGCUUCCUUCCUUCAUCCACUUGAAUCAAAGGCAUCAUUAAUACAGUCAAACAGAGAAAUUAUGAGUUUUGUACAAAUAGCAUAUUCAGGCACUGUUGGCUUCAUUUGGAGUUUAUUUGGGGUUUCUAUUACAUUCUAAUUUGGUCUAACACUUCAGAUGAGUACACUAUUGGAUAUGGGAAAAUGUUAAAAGAGCUGCCAUCGAGAACAGUUUGAUCUUGUGUUCAUUAGCGUUUAACAGAAAUGAGCAGAUAAUAAUUGUGAAGUGCUAAUAGGCAGACAGAAUUAUGAAAUGCAUGUUAAGCUGAUAUGUGUAAUCACAUGAUUUCUGAGGAUAACUUAAACAGAUCAAUGCCCCAAUCAGUGACAAACUGAGAACUUGAGACCACACAAAAAUCUAUGAUAAAUUGACAGAAAAUGCUCCAUGCUCUUGCCAAAUUCCUUUUGCUGUAGGUGGUAUUGUUGCAGAUGACUGAACCUUUGAUUUUUUUUUCUUCAAUCUGAAAUUGUUUAAAAAGACAGUUGAUAGAAAAUGUUCAUAAAACCUUAACCAGAAUGUUUAGAUCUUCAGAUAGGAUAAAGUUCAUCACUUCACAUGAAGGUCUUUGUAGAGAGGUGGGGGAAAAUUCAGCCCAUUUAUAUUUUUGCACACAGGAAUUGAGGAAUUGAUAAAUCCUUUUUUUUUUCUUAACAUGAUUUAGACUUGAACCAGAAUGCUAACUAAGUGUAGGCCGGGACACAGAGAUUGUAAUAUCUUAAGUGAAUGUCAAGCAGAGGUCUGGAACAUGAUAUGUACAAAUGUACAUUUAUUUUAGUUUUCAAAAUGCUCUAAUGUUGUCUGCAAACAAUAACAACAACAAAAACUAACAAUAACAAUGAAGCUACAGAUAACUGAAUUGUUAUUUCUAUUAUCUGCAUUAUGGCCUUACUCUUCACUCUCUCUCUCAAAAAAAAAGGUUUAUAACCAAUGCAAGAAAGAGUUGACAGCUGUAUGCCUCUAUGUGUUAAAGUAAUAAACAUAAAGAGAUUAUUCCAACUAAUGGGGAAACACAAAACUGUGUAAUUAAUUAUUUUCGGAGGACACAUCUCUCCUCCUCGCAACCUUAAAAAAAAAAAAAACACCAGUGAAAAACUUUAA